AUGGAGGAGGCGCAGCACGUGCUCGGCGCCCUUGGCCUCUCACCGGGAUUCAAGUUCGAGCCUGACGACGACGAGCUGGUGGAGCAGUACCUGCUGCGUCGGAUCCUUGAUCAGCAGCUCCCGCUGGAGGGCGUGAUCUUGAAGGCCGAUCCGCUGAGCGCUCCGCCAUGGAAGCUCCUCAAGGCACACAAUCGGGAGGACGACGCCUUCUUCUUCUCCGACGUACAAACGAAGCACGCCAAGGGCAAUCGGCAGAAGCGUACCUGCGUCGACAAAGGAGGGUGCUGGGAAGGGCAGAAGGCCCCCAUGGACGGCGAAAGGCUGCGGGUCGGCACGGAUGAGAUCACCUGGAAGAAAUACAUGCUCAACUUCCACGAGCACGGCGUGAAGGGCAGCACGGGAUGGGUCAUGCACGAGUAUUCGAUCACGGCCCCGGACCAUCUGGCCUCGUCCUCGCUGAGGCUGAAUCGUAUCCGGCUCAGUGGGCAUGGCAAGAAUUCCAAGAAGGAGCGCGGCGACGACGGUGGAGCGCAAGAGAGAGCAGACGAGCCCGACCACAUCUCUGCGGCGAACUAUGUCCUCCCUGCAGUGGAAGUGGUGGAUCUCCUAGAGCAUGAAGAUGACGACAGUGCAAGGCCGGCUGCGACGUCGUGCUCAGAUCAAUACUACCUGCAGUACCAGCGGGACGAUUUGACCCAGCUGGAUUAUUUCCAAGACCUUGGAUACUACGCAGGACCUGGCGCGGCGAACCUCGGAACACACGGCGGUACGCAAACAUCAGAUCAAGGAGCCCCAGGCGUGAUGAAUGAGUACGAUGAUGGUGCAGCGCCGGCGGCAGCGAUGGUACCGUUUGGUCAAGGAUCAUUCUCCAGCGAUGUGCCGUUCAUGGAUUUUGAGAUGCUGGAUCAGGACAUAAACUUGGACGAGUUCAUGGAUUUUGAGCUGCCGGAUCAGCUCGACUUCAACAUUGAAGACCCGUACGCUUUGGAGGCACCUCUCCAUGAUAACUAUUCCAUGUAA